CGGGCAAUCACUGGAGACAUGCGAGUGUCACCUUGUCUAGCCGUUCUUGGGCAUUUGGAUUGUAAUUGCUCCCACAUGUACUCCUAGGGCCUGUUACUUCCCGUUACAAGAAACGCCUUUCCGCGCCUCUCACCAACCGUUUCCUCCACCAUGGCGUCCAUGCAAGGCCGAACCUGCUUGUCAACAAACAUGUUUGGCGUAGUCAAGAGCAAAGGAGCGAGCUCAACUCAUGGAUUUCCGUCCUCCACUUGCAGUUUGCUUGCUUCACUCCGCCCACUGAUCCUCCACUGCCGAGCGGUCAACUUGCCGGACCUGGGCAGCAUCAGCGAUCAGCCAUGAGUUUCAAACGACUCGCCAUCCAGACCAAGAAGAGCCUUUCCGGGCUCUAUUCUUUCGACAAUGACCAAUACUCCCCAGGCCCGGAGACCUCCAAGACUCUAACAGCCGCUGCGCAAAGCGGACCCACCGGGUUCGAUGAGUUCGGCCUCUCCCAAUCCGGCGAGUCUUCCCCAGGUCGAGACAGUCCAUCGAGACGUAAGCGGCUGCUGGGAUCGCUUCGGAGUAUGAGCUCUCUGCGCAACUUGCGGUCCAACCACAGCAACAGCCCCAGCCCCAGCAAGCAAUGUGACGACAUGCGUGUUCAGCUGGAGAGCCCGCAUACGCCCAUCCAGCAGAAGCCGUCUCUCAUACUCAAUUUCGAGGUGUCUCCACCAGAUCAGCCGAUGUUCGAGCCGACGCGCGAAGCUUCCAGUUCUUCGAGCAUAGAUGUCCGUCAUUCGUCGCCAAUCGCAGUGCCAGCGUCGGCUAAGCAAGCCGUAUGCAACUUCCAUAGCACGCCUCCUGGGCCACCGUUCAUAGUUGGAACGAUGCCAGACUCGCCAGCCCCGCUGCGGAAACCCUCUGUACAGGAGUCCAUCCUCAAUCAUGCUAUAACCGGUACUCCCGAUGCAAGCCCGUCCUCGGUCGACGCCGACCGAGCCGUUGACCCGCUACCAACGCCGAUGCCCGGGACGACCCUCUCGCUCGAAGACCUCGCAGCACCCAAUGCUUCUUCUUCGCCACCGACAGAGCAAAAAGCUGCCCCACAGGACUAUUUUGCCAGGACUGCUCCGAAACGGAAUGAGAGUAUGAAGCAUACCGAUUGUGUCGCCAUUACUGGGAAGCCCUCCGCGCCUCGCAAUGCAGAUAUCGUCACGUCCGCCCGGACUACUGCAGCAGGUGUUGCUGACGACCUCGCGGCUACUCUCCUUCCUGGGAAGCCGGAGCCACUGGGUCCAGGCGAAGCCAACAAAGCAGAUGUCCACAAUGACCGCUUCAUGCUUGAUUCGUCCAAGAGGUCAGAGCACGACGAGCUCAGGGCCGACCUUGCAUAUGUUGUGUGGGACGAUCCGGAGAUAGCCAGUGAAGACGGGUGCCAGUUGCAGCGCCGCCGAAGCACCUGGGGCCGUCAUACCGGCCUUUACGACGGCACUGGUUACGGUGGCGAAACUGCUCCGACAACUCCUCGUCCGUCGAUGUCUGACAACACUGAAGACGAAACCGAAGGUACUGACCUGACCGUCCCCGAGGAAGCGGCGCCAGGUGCCGCUGCAUUGGAGAUAGCCGCGGAGCCAGUCAAAGCAUCGGCGGCGUCCGAAGCCGAGUCGGCCGUCGACGGUAAGGAGACACUGCAGGACAUCAUUCGUGCCUAUGCCGGCCCCAUGCUCUACCACGAGGAAGCAGAGAAUGCGCACGCGGUCGAGUACAGCGGCGACUGCUCCACCGAGGAAGAAGUCGAUUCGCUCUACGCAUAUCCUGCCAGCAUGAAGGCGGAGGUCGAGCUCUCGAUCAGGGUCAUGAAUAGGAGCUUGGGAGGAUAGCCGGGUGUGCCAUUGGAGUAGGGACUAGGUUGCCUAGAAGGUCAUGAGAGUAUUCUUCCAUAGGCAGGAGCGUAGUUGCACAGCAGACUAGUAAAUUCAGC